GGCACCUGAUCACCGACACCAAAGACUCCUAUAUAAACCCGGACGUUCAUUCAGACAAAUGCUGACACACAGGUGACAAGGAAAUCUAUAGAUCCUGCACCACAACAAGAUGAGGGUUCUGGUCGUUGCUGCUGCUUUUCUGGCUGUUGCCAGUGCUGCCAGUCUUUCUCUGGAGGACAUGGAGUUUCAUGCCUGGAAACUAAAGUUUGGAAAGAGCUACAGAUCUGCAGAGGAAGAGUCUCACCGUCAGCUGACCUGGCUGACCAAUCGCAAAUUGGUUUUGGUCCACAACAUGAUGGCAGAUCAGGGUUUGAAAUCCUACCGGCUUGGCAUGACAUACUUUGCUGACAUGAGUAAUGAGGAAUACAGACAGCUGGUGUUCCGUGGAUGUCUGGGCUCCAUGAAUAACACUAAGGCCCGUGGUGGAUCUACAUUCUUCAGGCUGAGAAAGGCUGUUGUGGUGCCUGACACAGUGGAUUGGAGGGACAAGGGUUAUGUGACCGAUAUUAAAGACCAGAAACAGUGUGGAUCAUGCUGGGCCUUUAGUGCAACUGGUUCUCUGGAGGGUCAGACAUUCAAGAAGACUGGAAAACUUGUGUCUUUAAGUGAGCAACAGCUGGUGGACUGCUCUGGUUCUUACGGGAACUAUGGCUGUGACGGAGGACUAAUGGACCAGGCCUUCCAGUACAUUGAAGCCAAUAAAGGUCUGGAUACAGAGGACUCCUACCCCUAUGAAGCCCAGGAUGGUGAGUGCCGUUUUAACCCGAGCACUGUUGGUGCCACCUGCACAGGGUAUGUUGACAUCGCCAGUGGGGAUGAAAGUGCACUGCAGGAGGCUGUAGCCACCAUCGGCCCCAUAUCUGUUGGCAUAGAUGCUGGACACAGCAGCUUUCAGCUCUAUUCAUCAGGUGUCUACGAUGAGCCUGACUGCAGCAGCUCUGAUUUAGAUCAUGGUGUUCUGGCUGUUGGUUAUGGAAGUGACAGUGGUGAUGACUUUUGGAUUGUCAAGAACAGCUGGGGUCUGGAUUGGGGUGAUAAGGGCUACAUAAUGAUGUCGAGAAACAAGAACAACCAGUGUGGCAUUGCCACUGCAGCCAGUUACCCUCUGGUUUAAAAAGAAAGAGCAACAUGGAUCUGGAGCACAGAGGAGAAAAGGGAAAUGUGAACCAUUUGAAUGAUUUUACCAUAAUACCUCAAUCAUAAUUCAUAUUUGAAUUAACAUUUUAAAUAUUCUGAUGAACUGACAUUAGCUGUUUUCAUUUUAAUGCCCCUGUCUAGGAAAACACUAUGUUAAUUUGAAAUAGGAAAUAAAAAUGUCUAAAACGUU